AGAGGUGAUAAUGAGGGAAAAGGAAGAUAUCGAACACAUGAAGGCUGAGAUGAAAGUACAGAAAGACGCUCUAGAACACAAGGUGGAAGAGUUAGAGAUGGACAAGGCCAAGGUAGACAUGAUUUCUACUGAGCUCCAAACACAAAAAGAAGAAAUGGAAAUGUCUGCAGACAUCAGGAAGGAAAAAGAAGAAUUGGCAACAAUGACAGAGGAGAUAAUGAGGGAGAAACUUGAUUUGGAAAAGGCCAGGGCUGAGAUAAAUGUACAAAGAGAUGGCAUUGAGAGCCAGAUGGAUGAAAUGAGGAGAGAAAAAGCCAAGGUGGACAUGAUUUCUGCAAAUCUAGUAAGAGACAGGGAAGAAAUCAAUGAAUCCAUAGAAAGGAUCAAGAUGGAAAAAGAUGAGGUGGAAGCCACCAUGGCUCAAGCUGUGACGCAGAAGGAAAUGGUGGAACUCAUGAUGGAGGAUCUGGAGAAGCAGAAAGACAAAAUGGCUGUCAUUAAGGCUGACCUGCAGAAAGACAAAGAAGAAUCUGAGAUAAAAGAAGAGAGAGAUGGCAUUGACAAGCAGAUGGAUGAGAUGAGGAGAGAAAAAGCCAAAAUGGACAUGAUUUCUGUAAGUCUAGAAAGAGAAAGGGAAGAAAUCAAUGAAACCGCUGAGCGGAUAAAGAAGGAAAGAGAUGAGGUGGAAGCCGACAAGGCUCAGGUCCUGAUGCAGAUGGUAUUGGUCGAGCUCAACAUGGAGGAAUUUGAGAAGCAGAAAGACAAAAUAGAUGGUGUUAUGGCUGACUUGCAAAAAGAAAAAGAUGUAAUGGAAAAAACCAGAGAGGAGAUCAGGAGAGAGAAAGAUGAUUUGGAGAAAGCUAAGGCUGAGAUAAAUGUACAAAGAGAUGGCAUUGACAUCCAGAUGGAGGAGAUGAGGAGAGAAAAGGCCAAGAUGGACAUGAUCUCUGAAAGUCUAGAAAAAGAAAGAGAAGAAAUCAAUGAAUCCAAAGAAAGGCUCAAGAAGAAAAAAGAUGAGGUGGAAGCCACGAAGGCUCCAGUUCUCACGCAGAAGGAAUUGAUAGAGCUCAGUAUGGAGGAUAUGGAGAAGCAGAAAGAAAUGUUGGGUGUUAUUAUGGCUGACAUGCAGAAAGACAAAGAAGAAAUGGAACAAACGAGGAAGGAGAUUAGGAUAGAGACAGGUGACUUGGAAAAAGCCAAGGCAGAAGUAAAACUACAGAAAGAUGCCCUUGAGAAACAGGCUAAAGACAUGAUGACAGAGAGAGACAAAGUGGAGCAGUUGUCAGCUGAGCUAAGGGAAGAAAAAGAAAAAUUGGAAACAAUCAAAGAGGAGAUAAUGAGGGAGAAACUUGAUUUGAAAAAGAUCAAAGCUGAUGCAAAGGCACAGAGGGAAGACCUUGACAACCAGAUAGAUGAGAUUGGUAAAGAGAGAGCUAAAGUGGAAAUGAUGUCUACUGACAUGAGGAAUGAAAGAAAAGAACUGGAAACAAUGAGGGAAUUGAUGAGCAAGGAGAAACUUGAUUUAGAUAAUGCCAAAGCUGAGAUAAAAGAAAAGGAAGAUUAUCUGGAGAACACCAUGGAAGAAAUGAUGACAGAGAAGAAUAAAAUACAUCAAAUGAAUCUUGAGUUUCAGAAACAGACAGAUGAGAUUGCACAAUUCAAAGAGGAGAUUUCGCAUGAAAAGAAUAACAUACAGAUAAUGAGGACUGAUCUGGAGAGACAGAGAGAUGAAAUUGAGAAAUCCAGGGAGGAGAUAAUGAGGGAAAAGGAAGAUAUCGAACACAUGAAGGCUGAGAUGAAAGUACAGAAAGAAGCUCUAGAACAGAAGGUGGAAGAGCUAGAGAUGGACAAGGCCAAGGUAGACAUGAUUUCUACUGAGCUCCAAACACAAAAAGAAGAAAUGGAAGAGAGAGAUGGCAUUGACAAGCAGAGGAAUGACCUUAUUACAGAGAAAGCCAGAAUGGAUAUGAUUUCUGUAAGUCUAGAAAGAGAAAGGGAAGAAAUCAAUGAAACCGCUGAGCGGAUAAAGAAGGAAAGAGAUGAGGUGGAAGCCGACAAGGCUCAAGUCCUGAUGCAGAUGGUAUUGGUAGAGCUCAACAUGGAGGAAUUUGAGAAGCAGAAAGACAAAAUAGAUGGUGUUAUGGCUGACUUGCAAAAAGAAAAAGAUGUAAUGGAAAAAACCAGAGAGGAGAUCAGGAGAGAGAAAGAUGAUUUGGAGAAAGCCAAGGCUGAGAUAAAUGUACAAAGAGAUGGCAUUGACAUCCAGAUGGAGGAGAUGAGGAGAGAAAAGGCCAAGAUGGACAUGAUCUCUGAAAGUCUAGAAAAAGAAAGAGAAGAAAUCAAUGAAUCCAAAGAAAGGCUCAAGAAGGAAAAAGAUGAGGUGGAAGCCACGAAGGCUCCAGUUCUCACGCAGAAGGAAUUGAUAGAGCUCAGUAUGGAGGAUAUGGAGAAGCAGAAAGAAAUGUUGGGUGUUAUUAUGGCUGACAUGCAGAAAGACAAAGAAGAAAUGGAACAAUCGAGGAAGGAGAUUAGGAUAGAGAAAGGUGACUUGGAAAAAGCCAAGGCAGAAGUAAAUCUACAGAAAGAUGUCCUUGAGAAGCAGGCGAAAGACAUGAUGACAGAGAGAGACAAAGUGGAGCAGUUGUCAGCUGAGCUAAGGGAAGAAAAAGAAAAAUUGGAAACAAUCAAAGAGGAGAUAAUGAGGGAGAAACUUGAUUUGAAAAAGAUCAAAGCUGAUGCAAAGGCACAGAGGGAAGACCUUGACAACCAGAUAGAUGAGAUUGGUAAAGAGAGAGCUAAAGUAGACAUGAUGUCUACUGACAUGAGGAAUGAAAGAAAAGAACUGGAAACAAUGAGGGAAGAAAUGAGCAAGGAGAAACUUGAUUUAGAUAAUGCCAAAUCUGAGAUAAAAGAAAAGGAAGAUUAUCUGGAGAACACCAUGGAAGAAAUGAUGACAGAGAAGAAUAAAAUACAUCAAAUGAACCUUGAGUUUCAGAAACAGACAGAUGAGAUUGCACAAUUCAAAGAGGAGAUUUCGCAUGAAAAGAAUAACAUAGAGUUAAUGAGGACUGAUUUGGGGAGACAGAGAGAUGAAAUUGAGAAAUCCAGGGAGGAGAUAAUGAGGGAAAAAGAUGAUAUCAAACACAUGAAGGUUGAGAUGAAAGUACAGAAAGAAGCUCUAGAACAGAAGGUGGAAGAGCUAGAGAUGGACAAGGCCAAGGUAGACAUGAUUUCUGCUGAGCUCCAAGCACAAAAAGAAGAAAUGGAACAAAGCAGGGAGGAGAUGAGGAGAGAGAAAGAUGACUUGGAA